CGAUCCCGAACAGAAUUUUCACGCGUAAGGUUAAGACUAGGAGGCACCCUGCAAGACAGAUUGACCUACCAAACUUCAAGAACCUCUCCAUGCCCCAUUUUCACCUUUAACACGUCUUAUUUGUUCAACUACACCGAUGGAUGCUUGUCGUUGGAGAGAUGGGAUCAAAUAAAUUCCUUCGUCAAACAAACGGGGGCUAUCCCGAUUUUCGGACUCAAUGCUCUCACCGGAAAGACAGUACAGCCACAUCCCGAACCUCUUACUUCUUGGGACCCGACCAAUGCCACUGGCCCAUGGGACCCCACCAAUUCCGAACAACUUAUUCGUUACACUCACGAUGAGAAAGAUUAUUACAUGUAUGGUUGGGAGCUUGGGAAUGAAUUGGGAGGAGUACCGGUAGAAGGUGUGAGAGUGGAACCCGAACAAUAUGCAGCCGAUGCGUCUAAUCUUGAGAAGCUAUUAAAACGUAUUUACGUAAAAAAGAAUGUGACCUAUGCUCCGGCCAUCAUUUUCUCUGGAGGGGUAUUCGAAUACAAAUGGUUCAAGAAGUUCAUAACCAAUGAGACCCGACCACCUGGCGUAAUCACCCACCACACGUACCCUCUCGGCUCAGGGUACGGCAAGGACCUCAUGUACAAAAUCGUGAAUGCAACUGUUCUUGACGGUGGGGCCAAAGUGUUUAUACAAAUGCGCGAACUUAUCCGGCUAUCCCCUACAAAGACGGUUGCUUGGAUUGGAGAGUCGGGAGGCGUAUACAAUAGCGGCUGUGAUGGUAUCACUAACACGUUCCUCUUCAGUUUCUGGUAUUUGGACCACAUGGCGACUGCAGCUGUUUAUGACACCAAGGUGUACUGCAGGCAGACGCUGAUCGGCGGUAACUAUGCCUUGCUCGACACAACUACCUUUAUCCCAAAUCCAGAUUACUACAGUGCACUACUUUGGCACCGUUUGAUGGGAACACGCGUUCUGAUGACAUCAUACAAUGGGAUAAGGACCUCCGCGCGUACGCCCAUUGUUCAAAACAAUCCGUACGACGGAAUUACUAUACUUCUGAUAAACCUUAGUGCCGAUACCAUAGUCAAGACAAAGGUUGGCCUUUACGGACUCAUAGAGUCAUUGUCUCCUAAUCACGGACAAGCGUACAGAGAAGAAUACCACUUGAGCCCAAUGGAUGAGAAGUUGCAGAGCCGGACAGUUUUGCUCAACGGGAGCCCACUAUUUGUCGACCCAAUUAGUGGCACUAUACCUACGCUGAAGCCCAACCAAGUAGUCCACUCGGAGCCCAUAACGGUUAAUCCAUAUACAAUUGCAUUUGUCCACAUUCCCCAUUUUAUUGUCCCUGCAUGUCAAGACUCUGUUCACGAUAUGUGAGGCUAAUGAUCAGUUGAUUGCUGGGAACAAGGAACGGUGCAAAAAUUUGUGUACUUGUGUUUGAUAUGUUUUGCUGCUAUUAUAUGCUCCUAUAGAGCAAGGCAGCAGUUGUGCUGUUUGCAUUAUCUGGAAUAAAAUGCCCGUUCAUUAUUAUAUGUUUUACCCAAAUAUUUAUAAUUACAGUUUUGUCUGGUCCAACAUGUCAAAAUGGGUAAAAAAUCGAC